CGGGUAGUGUUUUAGUGAAAAUUUGUAAUGAAAUAUGUCAGAAAUCAAACGUGUCGUCCUGAAUACACUCGAAACGCAAAAAGUGAGUGAUAAAGUGAUAAAAAAAGUGACCAAAACUGUGCGAAUCACCUUUAUUUUACCCGAAUCUAACGAAGACAAGCACCCUGAGUAUAACUAUAAGGACGAGCUAGCUGCUGCUGUAAAGAGAAAAUCAAAACCCGCGAAAGAUUCCUCCAAUUGUGUUGAAAAUGGCUUGGAUCCGUUUGGAGAGAAUGAUGAUGAUGUCAGAAGAAUUGCGCAAGAAAUGGAAGCAAAAUAUGGCUCCGGAGUGACAAAGAAGAAGCGAAAAGGAAGAAAGGACGAUUACGCGGAUAUAGGUAUGGGCUACGAUGAGUCCGAUCCUUUCAUAGAUAACACCGACGGUUACGAUGAGAUCAUACCGCGGAACGUUACGACGCUCCACGGAGGUUUCUACGUCAAUUCCGGUGCGCUUGUAUUCAAGACUGAUGAUGAGGGCAGUUCAAACGCUUCCUCUUCCGAUCCCUCGUCACCUGAUGCUUCCUCGUCGUCUGAGAGCGAAGGUGAAGAAAAGCAGACGACACCCAAAAACCGAAAAAGAAUUUUGGAUAGCUCAGCCGAUAGUGAUAGCGAUACUGCCAAUCCUGCCCAAAAGGAAAAGAAACUCAAAGUACAAUCAGCAGCCACUAGCAUGCAUCAAGCUAUCCAAAAGAAACUGUUCAGUACGAGUAAAAUACAGGUGAAGAAAAGGCGUUUGAUAGAUCCUCUUAAAAAGACUGUGAAAGACUUACUGCGAGAGAAACGCGAGGAUCUCAACAUGACCGUACCAGAGGAGUUGAAGACUGUGGAGGAUAACAUCGAGAAGGAAUCCUCGAAAGAAAAUAAGAAGCCAAUGAAUAUUACCAGUGUCACGGAUGCCAUAGAAUCUGUUUUGAAAAAAGUGGUUCAAGAAGAAGAUCAGUUGGAUAAUAACAAUAUAAAUCAAACCAAACCGCCUUCUGAGGUCACUCCGAAUGUCGUACUGACGCAAAAUAAAAGUGAUUCUCAACAUUCCCUGACUAAGGAAAAGGACAGCAAGCCACAGCUCACUAGGUUAGAAAAAGAGGAAAUGGUGAAGUUACCAGAAAAUUUACCAGCAGACAUAGAAGACUUGGUAUCGAAGAUGAAGGAAGCAGCAUUAAACUAUAAGGGAGAAGGUAAAAAGGCGUUCUUCACGAAGGAAGUUAACUCGAUGCUUUUAAAUCUUGAGAAAAGGAGCAAAAGCAUAAGUAAAUCCUCUAGGGUGAAAGUCUACGAACAUCUUUCCCAGUAUGUGAAUUGUACAAAAGACACAUUAACGCGUCGUGCUAGAGUUCUAGAUCUGGAAGACAGCGAGAGGCGAUUGAAGAUCUUAGAGAAUAAAUUAAAAGCAUCUGUCGCCGCCGUAAUGCCGAUGUUGGAAGAGAAGUAUCAGCAGGAGAGCGAAAAAAUCAUGCAAAAGUUUCCGAAAGGUGAUAAUAACGAAGAUAUGAAAGCAUUGAAGCUCCCUAGAAGGAAGUUUGUCUGGUCUGAAGAAACUAAAAAAUUCUUGAAGGACGUAGUAAGUUUAAAAAAACGUUGCUUGACCCUCGAAGGUAAAUGCAAAGAUAACUUACUAGAAGAGCAAAUUAUGGAUUACUUAAGAAAACAGAUCAUACCGAUGUGGCCGACGGGGUGGAUGUACGUGAACGUCAUGACGAAAAUUAUCAAUAGCAUGCAAGAUAACUCUAGGUCCGCUUCUUCGUCCACCAGCUCGCAGUCGAAUAGCAGCACGAUCACUACCAAAGCAGUUAAACAUUCCAAUCUCUCUAUAACGCCCGUCACCAAUGGCAAAACUAACACAGAAAAGCCAGAAAUUACUAAUAGUCUUACUGUUACCAAAGUAGUUAAUAAUAGUGAGAUCGAUACUGCGAAAAAGAACCAUUUGAUUCCAGAUAUCACCAUAAUUAAAGAGAAAGAUGAGAGAAGCAGUUCCAGCUCUUAUAAAGAUCUGGAGAUUAUCACUAAGCAUCCCAGUCCACCCAAAGUUGAUCCUAAGGAUGUACCCGCUGACCUAUCGAUACAUCCCAACAAAAGCGAUGUCGUCGAGCUCGGCAGUGACGAUUCCCAAUUUCUCGAAGUCAACAAAGUGAAACCAGAACAGGGAAAACCUCUGACUUACCAAAAGCAACCGAAGCAAACUGAGAUGUUUAAGCCAUACGCCGACGACAUAUCGAUCGAACGGAACAUUCCAGAAAAGCCGAAAGUUUCAUCGUAUGAAGAACAUCGUCUACCUCAUGCCGAAAUCAUACCCCAAGUUGCUCAGCAUGUUGAUCAUUCGUAUCCAAACAAAGAAAAGGCUGGUGGACAGUCGUCGUACUCCGAAAAAAGCAAACAAGGCGUAGAAAAAGAAAAGUACAGCACACACAUAUUCCCCGUGGAAGAACAUAUCCCACAUAGUUAUACAGAAAGAGACAAACGAAGCCCACAAUCGUAUCCAGACAGGGAGAAACAGAGCUCCAAUGUUGUCGUAGAUAAAGAGAAGCAAACGAAUCCCGAAAAAGAUAAACGCAGUUUACUGACUUAUCCGGAUAAAGAAAAACAUGGUUCUGUCUCUUAUCCCGAUAAAGAUAAACAUAGCACGCCUAAUUACGUAGAAAAAGAAAAGUAUAGUGAUCAUGGCUAUGCAGAUAAAGACAAGCAUGCGCUGCUUAACUAUAUAGAGAAAGAUAAACACGUUAACCUCGGAUAUGCAGAGAAGAAUAAACAUGUUUCUCAUGGUUAUGUGGACAAAGAUAAACACGUUCCUCUCGGAUACGUAGAGAAAGAAAAACAUGUUUCUCAUGGUUUUGUGGAGAAAGAUAAACACGUUCCCCUUGGAUACGCAGAGAAAGAUAAACAAGGUUCUCAUGGUUUUGUGGAGAAAGAUAAACACGUUACCCAUGGAUACGUAGAGAAGGAUAAACAUGUUUCUCAUGGAUAUGUAGAGAAAGAUAAACACGUUGCCCUCGGAUACACAGAGAAAGAUAAACACGUUACCCAUGGAUAUGUAGAGAAAGAUAAACACGUUGCCCUCGGAUACACAGAGAAAGAUAAACACGGUACCCAUGGAUACGUAGAGAAAGAUAAGCAUGUUUCUCAUGGAUAUGUAGAGAAAGAUAAACAUGUUUCUCAUAGUUAUGUGGAGAAAGAUAAACACAUGGCCCAUGGAUACUCAGAGAAAGAUAAAGACAAACAUGUUUCUCACGCUUAUCUAGAAAAGGAUAAACAUAGUUCACGUAGUCAUCCAGAGAAAGAAAAGCACAGCUCUCAUAAUUAUUCGAGUAAAGAUAAACAUAGUUCCCAUAGCUAUUCAAACAAGGAAAAGUCUAGUUCUCACGCUUACGUAGAUAAGGAGAAACUCGCUGCCCUUGCACAUUCCGCUCCUGCUCAGAACAAAGAAAAACAAUCUUCGUCGUAUUCCAGCAAAGAAAAACCUAGUUCCCAUGCCUAUUCGGAUAAGGAGAGACAUGUUUCACAUUCGUAUGCAGCAGAUAAAGAUAAGCAUAGCUUUCAAUCGUACUCUGACAAAGACAGACACGGACAUUCAACGCAUUUAGAAAGAGAUAAGCACAAGAAGUACGAAGAUAAGUUGUUGCACCAUCAAGAAAGAACCUCUAAGUUGGAUAAUUUGUUGCACAACGACAAACCCGCGAAUCUCACCAAACAGAUAGAUAAGCCAACUGACCUGUCGAAGUUUCAGAUGUUCAAACCCUACUCUGAGACACCUAAGUCACACAUGGACGCGAAAGACCUUACCAAACACCAUCCCAUCGCAGACUAUAAAGCUAAGGAGGACAAACACCAAAGAUCUAUGGACAUUCCCAAGUCGAUGCCGCAUGAUGCGUCCAACUUUACAACGAAAGCUUUUACUACGCCCAGUGAUUUUAUGAAUUCGCGGUACGACGUUUCGUCUUCGAAGCAUCGGAGCACCAAUGUACAUGGUUUUACUAUAGGUAACCUUAGUAACGAUAUUCCCCAAGUCAAGGAAGAUAACGGCGUGAUAGUUAAGAAUGUCCAAACGAAAGACAUUAAUAGAGAAGAUCACCAUAACCCUGUGAUACCAAUACCUGCUCACUGCCAAGCGGUCAAAAGGAAACUAAUGGAAACUUAUUCCAGGAACUCCGCCGAGAUUACUCCUCCAAAUUAUUACACUGUCGCAUCAAAUAAGCAUAAUGAAUACUCAACAUCAACUCCACUAGUCACUAAAUCGGAGGGAGAUGGCCAGCAGGACAUUCAGAUGGUAAUGGAGAACCUCAAAGCGCUGCAAAAACUAUCCUGCUCUCCUGCCAAGACAGACACCAGUGCCAGCUCACCUGUAUCGGUAAUAUCUUACAACAAAAACUUCCCGUCGCCCAAAACGACCACGGCGGGUCUCAAUCUGGGUCGAGGCGACGCGAAUAGCCGUAGCGAGUUCCCUGGCGGGUUCCAGGAUGAAUUCCAGAAACAGUUCAUAAAUUCCUUACAACAAAUGGCUGCCAAUGCUGGUAGUAGUAAGUCUAGUUAUAAUAAUGGCAGUUAGUCCCGUUUUAUAGAGAAUAGAAUUAUAGAGAGGUGCUGUUUUAGAGCAUCUUGAACGUACUGUGGAGUGAUGUUUUUAAAAUAAUGUAUAUAAAUAAGUAAACUGCCUGAAAAAAUAUUAUCUAAGACAUGAAAAUGUUGUAAUUAUAUCUUUUUUGAUUUGUACAUUAAAGUUUUUGAGAUAAGUUUUAUUCAUUCUUUGUAUUUAUUUUAAUUUGCC